AUGGAACCAGAAAAUGUAACCAUCGCCCACGAGGUGACACAAUCAGACGAUGAUUGUAAAAUCUGUGCCAGCUUGAGGCAAAUGUUGGCGACACCCGAGUUCUCACUCGAACUAGGCGGCCCAAUUGACGAAAUAAUUGCCGCUGCCUCAUGUCCCGGACACAAUCCCCUAUUCUGUUUCAUUAGGGACGAAUACAAUUCCUUUCUUCUCCAAGAAUUCAACCCUGAUGGUGAGCGACAGCUCGAGGCUGAAGAAACUGGUGGCCACAACAUUGAUACAGAUGUGUGGAAAGCUCACAAGACUAUACUGUGUCAUAAUGAAAAUGAACCUCAUGGGGGCAUUUUCGUGCAAAUAAGGGACGGCCGCGGCGUCACCUGGUCCAUGAUUCUUGGUCGGUCCAAAUAUGAAACCCAGACAUCUGGAUUUGGGAGAAUACUCGAUCCAGAUUGGAUCGACUUAAGUCUAGUGAAAAGAUGGAAAAAUGACUGCUCUACAUACCAUGGCGAGAAAUGUAGAAACCCUCUUCAUAUCCGUCAGGUCUCGCCAGCUUGGCUUAUCGACACGUCCGACAAAUGCCUUGUUCCCGGUGACGGCAUCACGGAUUUUGUUGCUCUUAGCUAUAGGUGGGGUGGUUCGGUGGGGUUUAAAGCUACUUGCGACGUAUUGGAGAUCAUUCGACAGCCGGGAGGGCUAUCACCAAACAAAAUCGAGAUCGGGCUACCUAAAAUAAUAAGGCAUGCAAUGGAGCUGGUACAGGAAUUAGACGAGCGUUAUCUCUGGGUAGACGCAGUCUGUAUUGUGCAGGACCAAGAGGUACAUUUAAGGGAGCAGCUUCAACUGAUGGGAGCGAUAUAUUCCUCGGCAACCCUAACCAUUGUCGCUGCGGACGGCGAUGCUACCGUUGGGCUACGUGGUCUUAAAGGUAUAUCAUCGUCGAGAGAAUUUGCGCAAGGUGUGAUUCCAGUCUUUCAAGACGAAAAGGUUAUUAUCCGAAACGAACCAGUUUUGAGGCAGUUAACCGGAUGCGACGAAUACUUCGAUCGAGGCUGGACAUACCAAGAAUACUACCUCUCAAAACGGAGAUUGAUUUUUUCAAGGAAGCAAAUAUACUGGCAAUGUUCCGGCCAGAGUUGGUCUGAGGACCUUAUUGACGACAGAAUGUCCGCUAAAAGCCGUGAUGAGUGGUUUGGUGAGCUGGCAGCCUUAAUGGUAGGAGUGCCAAAAUAUGAAGUGCUAUACCGGUGGCUCAGCGAAUACAACAACCGCAUUCUUUCCUACCCAGAAGAUGCCUUGCCUGGAAUUACCGGAUUUCUUGCUGUUUUAAGCCGAUCUUUUGCGGGUGGCUUCCUAUUCGGUCUUGCAGAGUCAAGCUUCGAUUCCCUCCUAUUAUGGCACGCCCAAUUCAACGUAGACAUGGAGAGACGGAAGCAUUCAGGGAAGGAGAAUCUGUCAAAAAAGUCACCUGUACUACCGUCAUGGUCUUGGAUCGGUUGGCGCUGCUUCGCCUUACGCGUUCCCAAGGACGAGACUUUCGAACUAGGUGACGCUGGCCAAAGAACGAUUCCUAUCACGCAGUGGUACACCCACGAGACUCCAGAUGCAGCUGUCAGGCGACAGAUCAAGUCUAGUUGGUUCAAUAUAUGGGAGGAUGCCAGGAAGCCAGACUUCCAAGUGCCUGGCGGAUGGACACGAGAGAGAUAUGACGAUGAGAAACAUGGACCUGCGAGAGGCAACGAAAGCAACUUAGAUCCACCUGAGGGCCUUGGAGAGUAUGUCUAUCACCACUCAUCUUUACGGGGCAGGUACUUCUGGCUCCCCUUGCCAGUUUCCACCUUAAAUGAGGACGUGGAGCCGUUUUCUACGCCGCAAACGGCCUACAUCUCUUGCCUGACAACACGCGGAUGGUUCAUGGCCACCCGAUUCCCCGAUGAUAGAUUUACAGAACAUGACAGGGCUUACAAUGAGCAUCUCUUCGUUAUGAGACUUCUUGAUGCCGACGGGAAAGACUGUGGAGAACUGAAACUUCACAGAGAGGAAGACAAUAUCGGUUUUGUCGAGGCCGAUUCUGAAUCCGUCCCCGAAGCCAUCGAGCUCGUAGCCAUUUGCAAGAGUAGAUCGCCCGAGGUUGCGUCAAAAGACAAAAUACAUGUUCUCUGGGUAGAAUGGGUGAGUGGGGUAGCUUAUCGCAAGGCUGCAGGGUUCGUCUGGCUGGAGGACUGGGAAAGGCAUAAGCUUGAGGUUAUUCACUUGGUGCUGGGAUAG